UAAUAUCCUUCGAUUGUUCAACGAAUUGGAUUUGGAACAUAACCUUUCUAAACAAACAAAUUUUUUAACGGAAUUAUUAAAAAUAAUUAACAAUGAGGUUGAGUGUGGAUGGUUUAAUAGUAUAUUUUCCUUACGAUUACAUAUAUCCCGAACAGUAUGCUUAUAUGUGUGAAUUGAAAAAAGCGCUGGACGCAAAAGGACACUGUCUACUUGAAAUGCCUUCGGGUACAGGAAAAACCACAACUAUCCUUUCAUUAGUUGUUGCUUACAUGUUGGAGCACCCGCACAAUGUUCGGAAGUUAAUAUACUGUUCUCGAACUGUUCCAGAAAUAGAAAAAGUAAUGGAGGAGCUAAAAAAGCUUCUUAAUUAUUAUGAAAAAUUAGAUGAGCAAUAUCCAAGUCUGGUAGGUCUUGUUUUAUCAUCAAGAAAGAAUAUGUGUGUUCAUCCCGAGGUUAGUACAGCUAGGGAAGGAAAGAUCGUAGAUGCUAAGUGUCAUGCCUUGACUGCCAGUUAUGUGAGGGAAAGGCACGAGAGGGAUGACACUGUUCCAGUGUGUCAAUAUUAUGAAGGUUUUUCCCUAGAUGGAAAAGAGAGUAAUUUACCAUAUGGGGUGUACACUAUAGAUGAUUUGAAACAAUAUGGAAAAGACAGAAACUGGUGUCCCUAUUUCCUCGCGCGUUUUCACAUUAUACACGCCAAUAUCGUAGUUUACAGCUAUCACUAUUUGCUAGAUCCAAAAAUAGCGGAUGUGGUGUCCAAGGAAAUGGCCAGACAAUCUGUCGUGAUUUUUGAUGAAGCUCACAACAUUGAUAAUGUUUGCAUAGACUCGAUGAGUGUCAAAAUCCAUAGGAGAACCAUUGAAAGGGCCACCACAAAUAUAAAUACUUUAAGCGGCAUUGUUACAGAUAUGAGACAAGACGAUGAGAGAAAACUACAAGACGAGUACCAGAGACUAGUUGACGGGUUGAGGGACGCGGGGGUGGCCCGCGAAACGGAUUUAAUCCUAUCAAACCCGAUACUGCCCGAUGAAAUCUUGAAAGAAGCGGUACCUGGCAAUAUCCGUAAUGCGGAACAUUUUAUUGCAUUCUUGAAGCGGUUCGUGGAGUACCUCAAGACUAGAUUGAGGGUGCAGCAUGUUGUGCAAGAGUCUCCGGUCGGUUUCCUCAAGGACGUGCAGCAAAAAGUGUGCAUUGAACGAAAACCUUUGCGGUUUUGCGCCGAACGAUUGGCGUCCCUGUUGAAGACUUUGGAGAUUACCGAUCUGGGCGAAUAUUAUCCGAUUACAUUGAUAACUCACUUGGCAACUCUCGUUUCUACAUAUACGAAAGGUUUUACUAUAAUUGUAGAGCCGUUUGAUGAUAAAACUCCUACGGUUUCCAACCCAAUAUUGCAUUUUAGUUGUUUAGAUUCCUCAAUAGCAAUAAAACCCAUAUUCGACCGUUUUCAGACAGUGGUUAUUACCUCGGGAACCUUAUCGCCUCUAGAUAUGUAUCCAAAAAUUCUAGACUUUCAUCCGGUGGUGAUGGCAUCGUUUACGAUGACCUUGGCUCGACCUUGUCUUUUACCGAUGAUCGUCGCCAAAGGUAACGAUCAGGUCGCCAUAUCAUCAAAAUUUGAAACCAGGGAAGAUAACGCAGUCAUUAGGAAUUAUGGGCAGCUCCUUGUGGAGAUCGCCGCCAACGUGCCCGACGGCAUAGUCUGUUUCUUCACAUCCUACAUGUAUUUGGAGUCUGUAGUAGCGAGCUGGUACGAUCAGGGCGUGAUCGACAGCCUACAGCGGUACAAGCUGUUGUUUAUAGAGACCCAAGAUUCAGCUGAGACCAGCUUCGCCCUCAUGUACUACAUAAAGGCCUGCGAGUCGGGCAGGGGCGCCGUCCUGCUGUCCGUCGCCCGCGGAAAAGUCUCCGAGGGGGUUGAUUUCGAUCACCACCUGGGCCGGGCGGUGCUGAUGUUUGGCAUCCCGUACGUCUAUACGCAAUCGAGGAUCCUCAAAGCUCGCCUGGAAUACCUCAGGGAUCAGUUUCAGAUCAAAGAAAACGAUUUUCUAACGUUCGACGCGAUGAGACACGCCGCGCAGUGCGUGGGGCGCGCGAUACGCGGCAAAACCGAUUACGGUAUCAUGAUUUUCGGAGACAAACGCUUCGGCAGGGCCGACAAACGGUCGAAACUGCCGAAAUGGAUCCAGGAACAUCUCAAGGAUUCACUCUGCAACUUGUCGACCGAGGAAGCGGUGCAGAUCGCGAAACGUUGGUUGAGACAGAUGGCGCAACCAUUCACCAGGGAAGAUCAGCUCGGCGUCUCGUUGCUGACACUCGAGCAGCUCCAGAAACUCGAACAGAAACGGCUCGAGGAACAACAAAACGACCAGAUGCAAGAAUAA